AUGUAUGCCCCUGCUCAGUGGAGACCCGUCAGUAUGCCCGCUCGGAGACCCGGCAUGUAUGCCCUGGCUCAGUGGAGACCCGUCAUUCAGGCAGUCUGUUCCCAGUUCUCUAAAGGUGUCUAUGCCAUCAUUGGCCUCUACGACAGGAAGACGGUGAACAUGCUGAUGUCGUUCUGCGGGGCGCUGCACGUGUGUUUCGUCACGCCUUCCUUCCCCAUCGAGACGGCCAACCAGUUUGUGAUCCAGCUGAGACCCGAGCUACAGGACACUCUGGUGGGGGUCAUAGACCACUAUGGAUGGACCAAGUUCGUCUACAUGUACAGCUCAGAUUCUGGCCUGUCGGUGCUGCAGAAGGUCCUGGACACAGCUGCUGAGAGGAGCUGGCUGGUGACGUCUGUCAACGUGGAGACCAUGACGGAGGCCUCAUUCCUCAAGGUGUUCCAAGACCUGGACAAGAGGAAGGAGGGACAGAUCAUCAUCGACUGUGAGACCGAAAGACUCACCUCCAUCCUAAAAAAG